GCAAAAGCGGUUGUGUAUCUCGCCGGCACGCAGCCAGAACUGGACGGCGCGGGCGCAGGACUCCUCCGGACCAUCGAUUCGGCCCGUGGGCAGCGCGUCGGCCCGCGGCGCGACCGCUGGGCCCGCCCACCAAAAAUGGCCGGCCAACCGGCCAUGCGAGCGCCGCGGCGCCGCGCCGCAUCGACGGCGCGGCUCGGCGCGCUGCUGGCCGCGCUGCCGGCGGCCGCCGCGCGGCCCUACCUCGGCGCGUGGGUGCGCAACGACUCGCUGGCGCCGACCUUCGACCGGCGGCUCCUGAGCUACGCGCCCCACUUCCACGAGGCCCAGAUGGGCCGCAACCGCAAGUGCGACACCGGCCACGACGUGUCCUGGCGCUGGGCUUGGUUUGCUUGCCGCGUCCCCUUUCCCGUCUUCAUGAUCUCUGAUGGCUGAGCCCGCUUCGGGUCCCCGACGAGAGAUAUACCCCCCAGACGCCAUCGACGCGCCGCUACGCCAUCGACGCGAUCCACGCGCACGCAGGAAACCCGUCGGCAAGAAAAGGCCGAUGAAGCUGAAGUCGGGCGACGGGCUGUGCGACGCGCUGCGCGGCGUGCGCGUCAUCAACAUCGGCGACUCGCUGACGCACCAGCUCGUCGAGACUUGGUGCGUAUGCCGCGUCCCUUUUUUCCCCCGUCUUCUUGAUCUGAGGCGUCCCGCGGCCUGACGGUAGAGUUAUCUUGGAGCCGACCACGACGCCAUCGACGCGCAUUUACGCCAUCGACGCGACCCGCUACGAAACGCAGGCGAGCGCGGCGCAUCGCGUCGUCGUGGCCGGUCCCCGACGGCUACGCCUACAAAAAGAGCGAGGAGGGCCACCUGUCCAAAGAGAUCGACCUGGCGAACGAGUUCGCGCGCCAGACGCGCGGCGGCCGGCGGCGGCGGCGCCUCGGCCCGCACAAGGAGGCGCGCGAAGCUGCCGAGCGCGAGGCGCGGCAGCGUUCCGACGCCGACGAGCAAUGCGCGAACGGGGCCACGUUCCAGUUCAUCGAGCCGCAGCGGCCUUGGAGCCUCGUCCCCUGGGCCUUCCAGGAGCACGACCCGAGCGUGGCCAAGUGCGGCGUGGCCUUCCGGAACCAGACGCGCGACUUCGCGACGCACUUUUGCCGCGUCCAGCCUUUCCCUUCUGUCGCGGUGGCCGGGCCCGCGGAGCCGACGGUCGAGCUCACUCCACGCCGUCGCCGCGACGCUCGAACUUUUCGAUCUGUGCUCUGUCGCGGUGGCCGAGCCGCGGAGACGACGGUCGAGCCCACGAGAGAGCCCACGGCUGAGCCUCGGACCCCCUCCACGCCAUCGCCGCGACGCUCAAACAACCGCAGGCACAAGGCGAGCGAGUUGUCGGUCUGGCGGGCGGUCUUCGGCAAGGGCGCGAUCGAGAAGGACAAGAAGAAGCGCGAGAAGCGGAAGCAGCGGCACAAGGCCGAGCGCACGCGCAUGGCCGUGGUCUACAACUGCUUCGCGCACCUCGAGAGCAUCGCGCGUUUCCCGCGUCCUGUUGGUUCUUGUGUCUUCGUCCUUCUGGCGCGGUGCCGAGCCCGCCUGGCGUGGACCUAUCCACAUGACUUUGCAAUCACGAGAGACAUUCUACCGCCCAACACGCCAUCGACGCAGGCGCUCGAGGUCAUGAACUGCUACGCCGAGGAGGCGCCCGACCGCUUCCCGACGUCCGCUUGCCGGCGUGGUGUUGUUUCUCGUGGCCUUUCGACGCGUUGAUUUCCACACAGGCGCGCGGCGGCGCACAAGCUCGCGCUCGCCGACGUCGUCGCGUGGUGGCGCUUCGAGCUCGCCGCCAUGGCCCGCGCGCUGCGCACGUCGGCGGACCGGGCGCGUUUCCCGCGUCCUUUUUUUGUGUCUUCGUCCUUGUGGCGUCGCGCUCGCAACGAGGACUUGGGGCGGUUACGGGGCAGUCGUCGAGGCCGCAGUACGACGCUAUAUCCAG